AUGAAGUCCCGAAAACGCAUUGCGGUUGACGAACCCAAAGACACAGUAGGGGCAGGACCCGCCGAGGCUUGCCUUGCAGUGUCACUCCAGAAGCCCAUACCGUCCGAUCAUCCUAGUCCACCGCUUAGCCCAGUCUCGGCCUCCGUAUGCAAAAGUUCCUCGGGAAUGGAGCGAAUCUUUGCUCUCUCGCCAUCUCCGACUGCCGUCCUCGAUAAGGAUUUACGAAUACUCUCGAUUUCGAAUUCGGCUCAAAAGCUCUGCAAGCUCGAUCUGGAGCAGUGUCGCGGUCGCCGUUUUACUGAUGAGCUCGACCACUUGCUGAUGCCAGUGACGCACGCGACGACCGCAAAACUUAUUGAUGAUGCAGUUUCGACCCGCAGGGAACAGAGAUCUGAGGCGACCGCAGGGACUUCACUCCCCGGGUUCUGGCGUCUCCGAGUCCUGCCUAUAUACGACAUGGACGAGCUCCUUUACAUUGUUGUAGAAGCUCAAGACGUGACUGAAGACGUGCAGAAGACCACAAGUUACUCCACCCAAUUGUCCUCGGCCGAAACGUACCGGAUCCUGGUCAGCACCCUUCGCGACUAUGCCAUCUUCAUGCUCGAUCCCAACGGCUGUAUAGCGACAUGGAAUACCGGGGCCAUGCUCCUCAAGCAAUAUACCCACGACGAAAUAGUUGGCCGACACUUCUCUACGUUCUACAGCGAGGAGGAUCGAAAAGCCCGGAAGCCGCAGAAAGAGCUUGAACUGGCUCUACGCGAUGGCAAAGUGGAGGACGAAGGAUGGCGAGUCCGUAAGGAUGGCUCUCGGUUUUGGGCCAACGUCAUCAUAACGCCUGUCUACCGGGAUGGUGAGCUUACUGGUUUCAGCAAGAUCACCAGGGACCUCACCGAACGCAAAGCAGCAGAAGCCCGUCUCAUUGCUGCUUACGAAGAAGCUUCGAAGUUGAAGUCCGACUUCCUUGCCAAUAUGAGCCAUGAAAUCCGCACUCCCAUGCACGGCAUGUUGUCCGCCCUCUCCCUUCUCACGGACACUGGCCUUAGCAAGGAGCAAAAAGAGCUUACCGACAUCAUUGAUGAAUCCGGUGCCAUUCUGCUGCAGGUCAUCAACGACAUUCUGGAUUAUUCCAAGCUAAGCUCCGGCUCUUUCUCCAUCAGCAAGGACGUGCUCAAUAUAUCCGAGAUCGUCGCCGCUGUGCGGAGAUGUUUCAAGGUAGGAUCGAACAAUGAUCUAAAACUGGAGGUCGAAGUGGAUCCUCGUCUGCCUCAUUUUGCCCAGGGCGACGCGCUUCGUUACCGCCAGAUCUUGCAGAACCUGGUGUCAAAUGCCAUCAAAUUUACGGACCACGGUUAUGUCCGGAUCAAAGUCAUCCUUACCGAAGAGGACGAAUCAUCCUAUGACAUCCGGACAGAAGUUAUCGACACCGGCAUAGGAGUGCCGUUGGAGUCAGAACAUGUCCUAUUCACCCCGUUCACCCAGCUCGAUAAGUUCUCGACGAAACGGUACAAGGGCACCGGACUAGGGUUGUCCAUUUGCAAGAGCCUGGUCGAAUUGAUGGGCGGCACCAUUGGAUUCGGGUCAAACCCCGAACGGCACGGUAGUAUUUUCUAUUUCACGCUCAAACUGAACAAACUUGAUGCCAUGCCUUCGGCGCUCCCCGUCACUAAUUCGCCCGACACCGACCUGAAGCAGCUGGCCCAAGCCAGAACAAUACUUUUAGUCGAAGACAAUGCCAUCAACCAAACAAUCAUGGUUCGGCUAUUAAGGGCGUUUGGGUUUGAAAAGGUGGAUGUUGCAGGUGAUGGUAAAGAAGGAUUACAACUAGUAAAGCAAAAGCCCUUGACAUACAGCCUGAUUCUCAUGGACAUAAGCAUGCCUGUGAUGGACGGGGUGACCGCCACAAAGGAAAUUCGACGACUUGGUCAUUCAAUACCGAUCAUUGCCAUGACGGCCAAUGCCUUAAAAGGAGAUGAAGAAGCAUAUCUUGCGGAGGGUAUGAAUGAUUACGUGGCCAAGCCGGUGGACAGAAAACUACUCACGCAAGCCUUGUUGAGAUGGCUACGAUAG